GUUUUUUCGGUCGAUAUCUUCGAUUGGCGAGCAUUUGUGUUAAUGGUCGCUAAUUUAGUUCUGAGUGACGUUGGUGGUAUCAGCUUCUUAUUCUGAGCUCGAGGUUCGAACUCGCUGACUCUUUUGCCCCGUUUUAAUAGUCUAGCACUCUAGGGUCCAGUCAAGGGACGGUCUGAAGGUGUAUCAUCACUAUACAUCAUAUGGUUGUUAAAAAACUGUAACUGUUAUCGAUUCUCUUCUUUUGCUACACCAUCCAAUCCUCUAAGCUAGCAUCACCAUGUGGCCAUGGAACAAGUCUCUUCCAUAGUGGAGAACGCAACAGAUGACAUCGUUCAAUAUGGGGAGCUCUAUGACGACUAUCCAAUAUUCACAGCCCAUGACUCAGAUUUAAACCUUCCAGGUUCUGGACUGUAUUCUGGGACUUCCACAAGUGGGUCCCUUUCUGAGCUGGAUUUAUCUCUCCCAUCAACAGAUCUGGACUUAGAGACUCGAAUUUUUGGAAAGGUGAAGAAAGCUGGACAGACUGGUGUGCCCCAGAAGCGGAAUAGCUUAGGGCCAUCGGGAUCCUUUGUGCAAGAACCGAGAACCACAGGAAGAGCCUCAAGACGUUCCCUUCGUAUGGGCGAAUCUGAUCCUGAGGAUCAUGUUUUUCAUCCAGAGAUAGUACCCUUUGAACCGUCAAAGAAUCCUGUUACAAAUAGCUCAAAAGAUCCAAGGAACCUCCUAGAAUCUAAGGCAGAAAAUAAAUCUGCCAAGUCGGACCCCAAUUCUGCAAGAUACCUGAAGAUUCUGAUUCCGCAGAGGGACUUGCCCACUGCUGAAGGGCCUUCUGUUGAGACCUCUGUUAACCUAUUUGAAUCACUAAACAUAUCUGCUGCUGAACGGCUUCUCUUAGAGAGCCCAACAGACUCUCCAUCACAUUUUAAGCAGGCACAGCUUUGCCUGGACCCUGCAGACUCAGAAGUAGAAGGAUCCUUUGUUGGACAGGAUAGGGAUAACACAUUCUUAUCUAGCACUCCAAGAAAACAGGACUUCACUCCAUAUCCUAACCAAGCUUUUCAGAAAUCAGGCUCAAGAUCAUCUCAGGAUAUUAAAACAGAAAUAUUUGAUUUUGAAGCAGAGUUGAAGAGACUUGUUGUGGAGAUUUAUUCAGACAAGGAGCCAGACUUUGCACCUGUUCCAGGAUCUUUAAGCAGUAGGGAGGGCAUACAUUCAACUGAUCCAAAAAUGAGCCAGGCUAGGACAGAACUGGAAAAAGCAUUUGGUGGAGGUGAUGAAUUUAUAACUCCAUAUGAGAAGACCCAAGACACUCCAAAGAUGUCUGAGGACACUAUUAGCCACCUGGCCAAUGCGUCAGACGCCAUGGCCCUUCAGAAGUCAGUAGUCAGUGAUUCAUCUGUGAAACCAGCCAGCAUGGACGAGAUAGCUGCCAUUUUAGCAUCCGUCAAGCAAGGUGCAUAUCAACGGGACCAAUCACUAAGCAGUGUCAAUACAACCCUCCAAUCAUCAUACAAUAACAAUCUAUCUAUUGAUGAUGAUGAUACCCCAAAUGAAAAGGUACAUAGCUACAAUUCGAUGUCCUCACUGGAUGAAACUCCAUCAAAAAUACCUGCAGACUAUGUGGAGCCUGAGGUUACCCCUACUGAAGUGAAUGGAAUAGACCCAUCAAGAGAUCCUGCUCACGUUCACACAGGCAAAGAAGGUGAGAACACUUCAUCUGGAGGGGACGCAGCCCCCAAUCAUCUUGAGGGACCGCAUCAACCAGAAACCCAAGAGAAGAAGGUAGUGACAACAAAGAAGAGACCAACUUCACUUCUAGCUCAGAAUACCACCCUGGCCAUAAGCAGUGCAAUAGCUCACAAGUACAAAGUCCCCCCUCCUGACGAAGCAUUAUCACCUACUAGCAUGGUAGCACCAAAGGAACCAAGGCUCUUCAGGAGCCCAGUGGUGGCUAUCACCACUGCAAAAGGAGGGAUGAUUGCCACCAUGGAGGGACUUGAGAAGACAAAACCAAAAAAGAAGAAAAGCAAGAAGGGUACCAAGAAGAAUGCAUUAAGCACAAGGAUAAUGUCAGACACUGAUACAGAGCCACCGAGCGAUACUGAACUGAUGGCUCAAAGACAGGCUGAGAAUGAUAGUAGAAUCACACCUACUCCAUCUGAAGAUACUAUGAGUGCCAAAGAUCAAGUUGCAACCAGCAAACCCUCCCCACCUUCUCAGGACAACCAACAGAAUCAACAAGAAGAGAAAGAACCAACGAGAGAGAGCCAAAAAGUGCCUCCUGCUGAAUCCCAGGUAAUACCCAAUGAACAGCAAACGGUCGCAACCUCGGCCCCAGAAAACACACAUGUGCCUGAGCAAGUGCCAGUCUCCCCUCCAGAUCCGGCUCCCACCCAACCAACCUCAGAGCCUUCAUCUGGAUCCUUCCUUGGAUCCCUGUUCCCAUGGGGUAGAAGGUCUGCUGAUAAGCCAGCUGCACCGGUCAAUGAGAAAGUAACUGAUGUAGUUUCAUCAGCCAAUCAGAAUGCAGCCUCCCCUCCAUCAACCAAUCAUGGGGAGCCAUCGAGGGACGGGGCUAAGAAUGUCAGUUCUCUGGAUUCGGAUGUGCAUAGUGACAGCGUUGAUUCUGGUGUGGGCUUUGUCGGGGGAGUGAAUGGAGAUCUUGGGACACCUACAGCCCAUGUCCAGACACCACAACCUAUUUCUUCUUCCACUCCCACCUCUACCAAUAUCAGGAUAGAAAGAUCCAAUGAGAACAUACCGAGGCAAGAGACCCCACAGUUUAAUCAGGCAGCUCCUAAUGUUGACCAUCUCCAGAAAGCUUCUUACAGCAUGCAGUCCCGGCUGCCAGCACCAUCCCUUGUGACCAGCAAGGCUAGGCCAGUAGACCUGGGGAGGUUGAAGUCAACACCCUUACCAAGAGCCUCUACUUACCAGACUUCAAGGUAUUCUUCUCCCUUUGAGGAUCAAGGAGCAGAAGAUGAAUUGCAGACUGUCCUAAGAGAGAAGGCCAAACUUGAAGGACAGUUGGAGAUGCUGACAGCAGAGACCGAGUCGGCUCUGCAGGCCAGGACGCAGCUACAGAGCCAGGUUGCCAUUUUACAAGCAAAGCUCAAGGCCCAGGGUUCAGGAGGAGAUAGCCUCAGUCACAACCGCUCUGCCCUUGAGGCCGACAUCCGUUCCCUGAAGCAGAACAAAUCUGACCUGGAGCAAGCCAUAGCACAGCUCCAGGUAGAGCUAGAACACAAGGAGGCCGAUCUGGAGGGUCUGCGUAGGGAGCUCCAUACGUCAGAGGCAACCACCCAGAGACUGAGGAGUAAGCUGGAAGAUGUCAAGAGGGAGAUUGCAGGAAAGGAUGCCUCUGUGUCUCAACUCCAGGACAAAAUGGCUGCCAUGCAAGGACAGGUGGACCAAGCAAGACAGGACCAAGCCAUGGCUGGGGCCAAGCUUUCCUCCUUACAGACAGAUGUUGAGUCUCUGACCAAGGCUAGGGACUGGUUCCAGGAACAGCUUGGCUUUGCUCAGGAGACCAGAAACCAAUUACAAGGAGAGCUAGCAGCUUCCCAGAUGGCUGUCGCCUCUCAGUCUGCAACUAUUGAGAACCUCAGGACUGAUAACGCAAAGGUGAAACAACAACUGAAUGAGGAAAGACAGCGCAUGUUGCAGGAGAAAGAACUAAUAGCCAAGAACCUUGAGACCAUUGAAGCUGAUAUCUUCACCAGAGAAGCCACUUUCUCAGCCAUGCAGAGGGAGAAGACUGCUGUUCAACAGGCAGUAUUUGCUCAGAUGGAUCAGAUGGAAGAAGAGAAAUACAGAUUGGCAGGGCUGGUAGCAUCAGCAUCUGAGUUAGAAAGGCAACUGGAGGUCGCUCGACAGGAGCUAGAAGCGAAGCAUGCAGCCCUUGUGAAUCUAGAGGCAGAGAAGAGAGAAUUGGUGAAGGGGGUAGCCCUUGCUGAGGAGGCACUGGCAGCUCGAGAAACUGAAAUGCAAGCCUUACAAAUAAAGUGCAAUAAUGUGGAGCAGAAACUAAAGGAAGAGCAAGGCAAGUCAACAGGACAGGAUGAUGAGGUUCGCCAACUUAGAGCAGACAAAGCUUCUUUAGAGGUAGCUUUAGCAAGUGCCAACGAAGAGAAACGUGCAUUUGAUGAAUCCUUACAGAAGCUACGGGGAGACCUUGGUAGGGUGGAGACAGGAUUCAAGCAGAUGCGACAAGACCUUGGUGCAAAGACAUCUGAGUUGGAGGCUGCUCAGAUGGAAGGACAGCAAUUGAAAGAACAGCUUAAGGUCCAGGAACAACAAGUGGAGACCCAGGAGGCUAACCUAGAGGCAUCCAUUACAGCCAUUGGCAACAAGGAUGCCAUCAUAGAUGAGCUUCUUGAAGCCAAGGGAAAACUGGAGAAGGAAAUCGAGGGGUUAAGGCGGGACAUGCAGAGCACGCGCAACUUCCAAGAGUCAUCAGCACAAGCCAAUGCUGGCCUACAGGUUGAACUGUCCAAAGCCAGGGAAGGAUUCCAGAUGUUGGAGAAUCAACUCCAGAAUGCUUUAGAAGAGAACGCUAACCUCCAUGGCCAGCUGGAGUCUCUGACUGAGGAUCAGAAGCAGCUGGAAGGCCUCAUGGAUGAGAAUGCUUCACUUCGCCAGAGAGCUGCGGACACCCAGAGCUCCAUGCAUCGUGACUUGGCAGAGCAGAAGGCCAAUGUGCUACGGCUUGGGACUGACCUGAGUAAUGUCCAGAAGGAGCUGAGGGAGAGAGAGCGUGCUUAUGAAGAUCGUAUGGCAGCUCUCACCAGUCAACUGCAGGAUACAUCAGUAGCUAAGGAUCAAGUUGAAAGGGAACUUAAUGAAAGAACUGCUGCUGUGGCUCAACUUAGCAAAGAGGAACAAAAUAAACUCUUGAAUGAGUUGCAGGGUGUCAAGCAAGAUGCUGAUGUCCUUAGGUCAGAGAAGAACCGACUGAAUGAUGAAGUCCAGCAUCUGAGAAGAAACAUGGAAGAUGAUACUGAAGCAUACAGGAGGAGGAUAGAUGACUUAGAGGCAGAGCUGCAGGAGUUGAAGGAUAUCUUAGACAGACAGAGGAGAAAUGAGCUGAACAAUCGGGCCCUUGCUCUUGACUUGGAGCGAGAGAGGGGAAGGCUAGCAGGUGUGCAUCAGAGUCACUCCGCACUCAAGCAGCACACUGGAAUGCUUGAGAGCGCCCUUGCUCAACGUGAGAGUGCAGUAGCUGAGCUGUCUGCUGAGCUUACCAGCACAGCCCAAGAGAGGGCCAACGAGAACCUGAGACUCCAGAAGCUUGUCCGUGAGAUGGGUGCAGCACUGGAGAAGGAGAAACAAGCUACUCAGGAAGUUAAAAAACAGCUUUCUGGUGAGAAGGGCCAGUGCAACCGGCUCCAUCAAGACCUAGAGACAUUACAGGGUGAUGCCCAGGAGAUCCGAAGUGAAGCUAAGCAGAAGGAAGAUCAGAUUAAUGCACUGCAAUCAGAGUUAGCAAGGCUCAGACAGAACGAGGAGAAGCAGAGGAAAGAAGGGGAAGAGAUGAGGAGACAGAUUGAGAGCAAUAAAAACCAUAUGGAUAGAUUAAAGAGACAUCUUCAAGAUAAGGAUGCACAGAGCCCUGUACUAGAAGAUCAGAUGAAGACAUUAGCCUGGCAGAGUGAGCAGAAGAGUAGGGAAGCUGAGGCCUUGAAAGAACAACUUUUACUAGCAGAGAAAAGACAACAAAUAGAACUGGAUGGAGUCAAGACUAAUCUACAGAUGACAAAUAAAGAGCUUGAUGGAAUGAAGAAAGAGUUAGCAUCAACAAGGAAAGAGAAGUUUGCUUUCCAAGCUAAAUUGAGUCAAUUGAAAUCUGCCCUCCAGGCUACACUGCAACAGAAUAAACUUCUAAAAGCCAAAUUGAAGUCUAAGAGUAGAGUAGCUUCCACUAUGGGUAAGCCAGGGCCAGAUGGAGCUAGCCAGGGAGACGGCAAGGGUCAAGCAGAUGAGAUUGUUGUACCUGAGAUUGCUUAUGAUGUGGAAUCAUUACUCAACAGUGAUGUGGUGGAAGGGGUAUCGGCUAGUCAUAGCAGGCCCUUGCAUGCUAUCCAGUCUUGCCUUCAAUCUAUCAAGGAUCAGAUGGGUGCCUUAGAGGACCAAAUGAAGGAACAUACUGCUGCUGUGAAUACUUCAUCAGAAGCAUGGAAAGAGGUUGGUGAUCGUGUGCGUGACCUGCGGAAGGCCAGCGCUGACCCUGUGACCCCUACCCCUGGUUUGCUUCCUCGUAGUCUACCCAACGGAUCAGUUACCGGUACUGCUGCCCCACCACAACAAAGAAUGUCCAAUGGAAAGUCAUCUGGAUCUCCGAUAUAUGAUCUAUAAUUUGUGCCGUCUUACAUCAAGACAAAUUCUAUUAUAUUCUAUAUUCUUCACAAACAUUAAUUCACCCCUGGUGCAAACAGAAAAAAUAAUGCCAUGGUGGUGAAUUACUGUUUCAUAUAUUCAGUCAUUUUCAGAUGGACCUGCACAAAAUUCUGAAUUUUCCUUAGAAUAUGUACAUCUGAAUCCCUGUACAUUUAUCUUUUUAUUCUGUAUGAAAACCUGUAUUGUCCACAAAUGUUCAAACCAAAUGAAGUUAAGUGAACAGAUAAACAGGGAUGGGAUAUACAAAAAAGUCAACUGUGUUAUGGAGUUGUCUAUUAAUUUAAGGCAUUAAUGUGUAUGAAAUAUCAUAUUGUUACUUCUUUGUAUUUCACACACCCCAGGGGCCCGUUGCAGAAAGAGUUGCAAUCGAUCGAAACUCUAAAAAUCAUGCGCAACUUGAUUUUCAACCAAUCAACAGCGCGCAUUUGGGACUUGCGAUUGAUUUUUUGACUUGCGUUUUAACGCAACUCUUUCUGCAACGGACCCCUGAUCUUAUAAUAAUUGAUAUUCCAUUCAUUAACAAAUUUCUAGUGACAAAUUCAGAAUGAUUUUAAAUGUGAUAUGAAGGAUUGACUUAUAUAGUCAACCUAAAUGUGUAUUUUUUUCAUAGGUCCCACAAGUUAUAAAUCAUGAGUUGGACUGUCUGAUGCAUAUUGCGCUCUUUAUGAUUUAAGAAAAGUAUUUCCUUUCUCAUUUUGAAUAAGUUUAAUGAGUUAGUUUGAGCAAAGCUUAAGAUUGACAUGUUAUUGUAUUAUUGACUUAAUCAAAGUGCCGAGUGUGCAACACCCUUUUUAUGUAUCAAGCUUUCAAAAGAUUGUUUGAAAACUCUGUUUCAGAGAGUGUAGCCCUAAUCAUUUCACAGGGAUAUGAUAAAAGGUGAUAUCAGUGAGGGAAAUGAUAAUAAUUAAUAUUAAUAAGAAUGGGGUCUUUAUGAAUUUAAUGUAAUAGUAUUUGUAUAUUUUGGACUAGUUGAAUAUUUAUGUUUUCUAUCUUCAUGUUCAGUAAUGAUAAUGAGACAACAUGGCUGAGUAUCCAUUCAAUAGAUCUAUGAGAGAGGUACAUGGUUGUGCUUACUUUGGAAGCAGAGAUUAAUAUGGGAACCUCCAUAAAUAAGAACUAAAUAAAUGGGGGGGGGGGGAUUGUCAUUCCUUGUUUCUUUUGAAAAUGGUCCGUUGAACAAUUUACUUUGGCUAGGAUGCAGAAAAUCAAAACACUCUCUUGAAAUUUAGAAAAGAAUCCAUUGUGUUGGUGCCCAAUUUUUGAUUGUGGGUUUAGAUUUGAUUUCUGUUUGAUAUGCUUUCUUUAGGACCAGUCAAUGCUUUUUAAUUGAAAGAUGAUGAGUCUUUGGAUGUAUGAUGCUGGUCUCACAGUGAGCCUCAAUGUUGAUGUUUUUAUUUAUUUAUUAAUUUUUGAGCAUUUAAUUUUAGUCCAUGUAAUACAUGUCUAUAAUAACUAACAUUAUUUGAUUGUCUUCACUAUGAAGGAAUUGUGAAUAAAGGGGUAAUGAAUGUGCAAGUAAUCGAAGUGUUCUUAAACGCUGUAUCAAAAUGCCAUUGAGUGGAAAGAUAUUGAAUAUAUAUUGAUGAUAUUAUUACUAGUAUUUUACAUACAUUAUUUCCUUAAGUUGUAACAAUAGCUGUAUAUAAGCAAAAUUAAUACAUUAUAUUUAUUGCAAUAAAGUGCAUAGAGAAUUAUCUUGCUUAAUACAAAUACUUGUCUAUUUAUCGUAGGUGCUAUUAAACAAAAUUUAGUUUUGCUAACUGAGCAAUAUUAGUUAAAAUUUACAUCUGUAGCAUUUAAUUUUAUUGCAAUAUUGAAUUUGAUAUUGUCACUUGAUGUUAUUGUUGCUUAAUUGCUAUCUGUAUUGAGCAAUCUGCAGUGAUUUGCUUUAUAUGAUACUUGUGUAAGAUAUAUGAUAGGAUAUUGUUGUGGCAUAGUAAUCCUUUCCAGCAAGUCAAUGUAUUCUUGUAUCAUUUGAUUUCGUAUUGCCAAAUUCUGACCCUGUGCUUUCUUUCUGUUCCUUCUACUUUUGCAUUUACUUAUGAUAGUAAAAUAAAAUUCAUUUUAAAUAUUCUUUUACUUAUCCUUCAUACAUAUAUUUGCUUUUUUUUGUUCUCAUCAUGCAACAUCUUUAUUAGAUUUUCCCCUAUAUUUUUACUUCAAAAUUAUUUCUAAAUAUCUUGUGACUGACUAUUCUUUGAUCCUAAAUCAUUUUGAUUUCAUUUUAUUUCCCCCAUAAACAUCACAGCCUACACUUUUAUUUUUGAUUUAUCAAGUUUAUUUAUUUUAUUAAGUGUAAUACCCAGAGACAUUCAUCAUUUUAAAAAAAUAUACACCUGUAUUAUUUAAUGCUUCUUUUGUACAUUUUGGUAGUAUGAAAUUCUAGGUGUAAUUUUUACUUUCUUAACAUUAAAACAGCUGUUUUAAUGAUAUAUUGUGCUGAACCAUAUUUGUAUAUGUUUAUCAAAGUAGGCUGUUAACUUUUAAUAUCCAGGCAUUUAUGAAUUAUUUUCUUAUAUUGGCACAAUCUAUAAAUAUUUUCAAUCAAUUGUAGUGAGAAAUAUGCAUGUAUAGUACGCAAUUUCUUUUCCAGGUCAAUCAUAUAUGUUGCGAGUGAAGAAUAUUUUAGAUAAUUGGUGAUAUGUCCUUUGUACAACUCUAAUAUACUUUGUUAUAUGAGAGUGAGAGAAAUUCAAUUUUUCUCCAUUGACUGAAAUUAAUUCAUUUUUUUAUUAUGAAUAAUUUAAGAUUCAUCAGCCUGACGGUGAGGUGUCAUAAAGUGGAUGUUUGCUUGAUCUUAUUUUGAUUAUUCCGGUGUUGCCAUUUGGUUUUACCUCUGUUGUUGCAUGUUUGACCCCCUACAUAUGGGACAUUCUUGAAAUUAUUACAUGUUUUCUAGUUUGAAUUAUAAUGGUUUUAAGUGCAGUUAAAGAGGAAAACUGGAUUAUACAAAAAGGUUGAUUUUUUUUUUCUUGAAUUUCCAACAUUUAGAAAAUUGAUUUUAUCAAAGUGUACUAAUAAAAAAGGCCUCAUUUAUUGCAUCAGCAUCUUUUAAUCAGUGUUUUAAAGGAAAAUAAAACACAAAAUGUGUCAUGAUUAGGCGAUGGAAACUUCAAAAUUACUGCUUUUAUGCAGAUUGAUAAAAUUUAAACCCUCAGAGGCACUUUUAUAUUCUUUUUAAUAAAAAAAUGUAGCAAAAAUAGAAAUAUACCAAUUUCAAGAAUUAAAAAAUUAGUAAUCUUGUUCUGAAUGGGUCACUGAUGAUAACAUAAUAAAGUUUAUAAAUUGUUGCAGAUGGCGUGUUCUUACAUAGAUUUAUGAUUGUUUUAUCAAUCACAAGGAUGGAAAGCCAAUUGAAUGGCAUGAAUCUAGAAUGCACAUGUCAGUUCAAAGUGUUUUUAAAUACUCAUGCAUGCAUCGUUAUGUGAAAAAUCCUUGUGCUCUUCGUUGUUUUUAAAAGGACAGAUGUACAUGUACAUUUCCUAUAUGAAAUUGAUGGAUUAUCCAUAUUUUUCACUACUUUUAGAAUGCGGACAACCUGGGGCCCGUCUUACAAAGAGUUGCGAUUGAUCCGAUCAAUCACAACUAUGGACGGCCAGCAACGUCAACAUCUAAAAUGCAUGAACGUUCAAAAUGUUUUCUACAUAUGACGUAAAUUUACAUAAAUUAAUUGUUUUAUUGACAAUUUGGUAUGUUCGCCUUUGUUUACAAAAGGACAUUUUGAAAAUUUUAUGUAGAAAAAAUUAUGACACUGAAGAAUUUCCAUAGAGUUACGAUUGAUUGGAUCAAUCGUAACUCUUUGUAUGAAGGGGCCCUGAUCUUACAGUUUGUAUCGAUUAGGUUCGAGACCAACAACCUUACUUUUAUCACCUUUCUAGUAGUAAGAAUAUCAUGCGUCUAUUGAGCUUCAAUACCUCAUAUUUCUGCAACUGAAAAAGUGGCUGCAUUUGUAACAAACAGUUUCAAGAGUCACAUUUUUUUUAAAGAUAUACUAUUGGUAAACAACUUGUGCUGUAAGCUGACAUAUUCUGCCAUAGUUCUUAAUGGCUUAACAAAACAGAUACAAUGAGUUAUGAAUAAACUGAAUUUAUUGCAAGUAAAGGGUUGGUAAAAGGAAAAUUGUCACUAAUAUAUUGGAACUAAGGCUUUAUAUGAGAGUAAAUGUUAUU